AUGCCGUCGCCCUCGCUCUCGCUGACCGUCUCGCAACGCGCCUUCCCGGCCCACCCGCGCGCCGACCGCUACUUCGCCGCCGCGACGAGCGAGGCCGCCCGCCGUCGGCUGUUGCAAUGCCUAGUGCGUGGCGACGGCCCCGCGCUGCUGCUCGGCGCGCCGGGCGUCGGUAAGACGAUGCUGCUGGAGGUCCUCUCGGCCGACCUCGCGCAGCAAGGCCUGUGCGUCGUGCGGCUGGCGAGCACGCAGCUCUGUACCCGCCGCGCGCUGCUGCAAGCGAUCCUUCACGGCCUCGGCGCGCCGUACCGGGACCGCGAAGAGGGCGAGCUGCGUCUGGCGUUGACCGACCUGCUGAGCGACACCACCGCCACGGGCGAGGGCGUCGCCCUCUUGGUGGACGAGGCUCAAACGCUGCCGGUUCGCUUGCUCGAAGAGUUACGGGUGCUAGCGAACGUCGCCGUCGAUGGCGCGCCGCGGCUGCGGCUGAUGCUCGCGGCCACCCACGCCCUCGACGAGGCGUUCACCGCGCCGGAGCUCGACGCGUUUAGCCAGCGGAUCGCCGCGCGGUGCUAUCUCGAUCCGUUGAACCGCGACGAGACGGCCCGCUACGUCCGCGCUCAUAUCGCCGUCGCCGGCGGGGACCCGGACCGGCUGCUAGCCCACGACGUGUACGAAACGAUCACCCGCGCCAGCGAUGGGCUCCCGCGGCUGAUCAAUCAGGUGUGCGACCGGGCGAUCGUGAUGGCGACCGAGCAGGACCGCACCGUGAUCGACGCCGCCGCGAUCAGCGAGGCGUGGAGCGACCUGCACCAGCUCGCCGCCCCGUGGCAGUCGCCCGCCUCGGCGCGGCUCGCCGCCGCGUCGCAGCCGCAGGCCGAGAGCGACUCGUCCGUCGAGUUUGGCGUGCUCGACGACGAAGAGUACGCCGCGGCGCCGCCCGCUCCGCAGGGCGAUUGGAACGCCGGCGACAAGCUUCACGAAGUCGCCGCCGCGUCGCCGGCCGCUGAGGCGUUCGAUGACGGCGAUGAGUCGUUCGAAGAAGAGGACGACGAUCUGCCGUGCGUCGCGUACGCGUUCCCCGGCGCCUCGACGCGCUUCGACGAAGAAGAGGAAGCGCUCUUGCGAGAGGCGGACGACCUCUUCAACGAAGUCGCCUCGGCGUCGCAAGCCCCGAGCGAGAAGGCGCCCGCAGGCAAGCCGCAACCGGUUUCAGAGUCAAAGCAAGCCGCAAAGGCGCCGCAAGCGACGCGCGACCCCUUCGACGAAGAGUUCGACGAGGAAGAGAUCGUCAUCGAUCCGUUCGCCGAACUCGAGCGGGUGAUCCCCGCGGCGCCGGUGGUGACAAGCAAGCCGAGCGACCUCGGGCGGGCGCUGGCGGCGAUCGACGCGGCGGUCGAUGGCCUCUUGGCCGACGAGGCCUUCUCCGCACAGCCCAAGGCGCCGGCGCCCAAGCCGUCGGUGGUCGCCGCCGCCGAAGAUGACAUCCUCAUCGUCGAGACCGAAGACGGCAGCGUUGAGAUAGCGCAGUGCGCUGGGAGCCGGAACGCGUCAGCGCCCGGAGUCGCCUCGGGUACCCGCUUCACUCUUGGCGCUAGCGCAUUCCGGCUCCCCGUCACUUGGUUGGGCUGUUGGCUCGUAAGCGGGUGCCCGCCACACGCCGGUCGCCAACGCUUCCCGCUUACCGGCUUGGUGGUAAGCUGUCGCGGUCUUGAAGAUUUGUCCGCAAUCGCCCCCACCUCGUACUCUCCGAUGGCCAACUACCUCGUCACCGGCGGCGCCGGGUUCAUUGGCUCACACAUCACGACGGCGCUCGUCGAGCGGGGUGAUACGGUCACCGUGCUCGACGACUUGUCGGCGGGGUUUGAGAAGAACCUCGGACACUUGAAGGGGAAGGUCAGCUUCGUCGAAGGGAGCGUCACCGACCCCGACGCGGUGCGUAAGGCGGUGGAGGGCUGCGAAUUCGUCUAUCACGAAGCGGCGAUCGCUAGCGUGCCGGCGAGUCUGCGGACGCCGCUGGAGUCGCACGCCGCCUGUAUGACGGGGACCGUCAAUGUGCUGAACGCGGCCCGUGAAGCCGGCGCGCGGCGCGUCGUGAUGGCGGCGUCGGCGGCCGCUUAUGGGGACCAGCUGUCGGCGGCCAAGCGGGAGAGCGAUCCGCCCAAGCCUUUGUCACCCUACGCGGCGUCGAAGCUGGCCAGCGAGUUGUACUGCCAGGCGUUCACCGCGUCGUUCGGUUUGGAGACCGUCGCGCUGCGGUACUUCAACGUCUUCGGGCCGCGGCAAGACCCGGCGAGCGAGUACUCGGCAGUGAUCCCGAUCUUCGUCACGAAGAUGAUCGCGGGCGAACGGCCGACCGUCUUCGGCGACGGCAUGCAGUCCCGCGACUUUGUCUACGUCGAUGACGUGGUGCAGGCCAACCUGCUAGCGGCCGACGCCCCGGCCGCAUCGGGCCGGGUGAUCAAUGUCGGCACGGGUCGGCACACGACGCUGCUCGACCUGAUCGCGGCGAUCAACGCGGCGCUCAAGACGAAGGUCGAACCCGUCUUCGCCCCACCGCGCGAGGGGGACAUCCGCGAAAGCCUCGCCGACAUCACGCUAGCGCGGACGCUGCUCAAGUACGAACCGAAGGUCCCGUUCGCCGCGGGCCUCAUGCAAUCGAUCGAGUACUACAAGUCGAUUGCGAAGUAG